AUGUCCACAUUGACGCUCAGUUCAGAUUUGAUGAAAUCAUUCAAGCCUUGCAAGGCUUUCACCGGGUAUUGCCAGGAAGACAAGGACAUUACUGCUCUGUCUUUCGAUGACACUGGCAGCACCUGCGUUACGGCUUCCUCAGACGAUACCAUACAUCUCUUUGACACAAAGCUGGGAAAACACCAGAAGUACUUCAGAAGCGGUAAAUAUGGCGUGGAUUUGCCUUGCUUCACCCAUUCAAGCUCAACGAUUAUAUAUGCAUCCACCAAGCAAGACAACUCUAUAAAAUACCACAGCUUGCAUGAUAAUAGCUACCUACAAUACUACAGAGGCCACCAAGGUAAAGUUAACUCCCUCGAAAUGAGUCCGACAGACGAUAUGUUCUUAUCGGCAUCGAGUGAUGAUACUGUGAGGCUUUGGGACUUACGCACCCCUCAAUGUCAAGGGUUGCUUCACAUUAAGGGCAACUCUAUAGCCGCGUGGGAUCCUAGUGGUCUUUGUUUUGCUGUCUCCCUUUACUCAGAAUCCAUGAUCCUCCUCUACGAUAAGGGUAGGUAUGACCAGGCUCCUUUCGCCACUUUUGCUCUCAGGGACAGAGACCACAGAGGCAGGGAUAUCCGUCCUCACCCUACUUGCAUCAAAUUUUCAUCAAACGGCAAUUACAUCCUCGUCGGUACAAACUCCCCCUAUCAUUACAUUUUGGAUUCUUUUUCUGGCCAGAUUUAUUACAGACUAACCGGACACGAAACCUUUACGAGCGUAAAUAUCCAGCGAGACAUGCUGAGUUGGUCGCCUGAUGGAAAAUUCGUCGUCGGCGGUUCUAAAAAUGGUAAGAUUCACGUUUGGGAGGUACCACCGACUGAACCGAGAGAUGCUGCCAUCAAGACACUCUCCCCAAUACACACCACUGAUAAUCAUAAAAACACUCCAAGUAAAAUUGUCGCUUUCAAUCCUCGCGUUGUUAUGCUCGCGACUGCUGCUUCAUCUGAGUUAGCCUUUUGGCUGCCAAUGCAGGACAGUCGCCGUAGCAGCCAUAAUUAG